AACCACACUUUUAUUUAUUUUUUAAAAUAGUGCAACAGUGGCAGAAGAUGAUUGAGGAGAAGCUUAGUCCUUUGUUCAGUUUAAAGGAAAUUCUGUCUGAGGAUGAGGCGGGGAAGAUGGGCCGCAAGGAUCCAGAGGAGGAGGUGGAGAAGUUUGUGUUGGCCAACACGCAAGAGCUGGGGAAGGACAAAUGGCUGUGUCCACUGAGUGGCAAGAAAUUUAAGGGCCCAGAGUUUGUGCGGAAGCACAUCCUGAACAAACAUGGGGACAAAAUUGAAGAAGUGAAAAAAGAGGUAGUGUUCUUUAACAACUUCCUGAUGGAUGCCAAGAGACCAGCGCUACCAGAGAUGAAAAUUCCUCCUCUUCCAACUCCAGGUCAAGGUUUGCUUUCUCCCAACAUGCCAUUUCCUCCUCAAGGUCUUCAGGGUCCAGGGGGCUUUGGACAACCUCGUCCACCACUGAUGGGAUAUGGAGCUGGUGGACCUCAUUAUCCCCCUAACCAAUACGGAGGUGGCAGAGGCAACUAUGAUAACUUCCGCGGUCAAGGUGGCUACCUGGGAAAGCCACGCAACAUUAGGUGAGACAACUAAUGUCCAGAGGUGACCCACGCAACAUCAUUGAAUAUCGCGACCUGGACCCACCAGAUGAUAUGGAUUUCUUUUAGAAGGUUCUCUUGGUCCUGUCAGUCUCGAUCGUUACCAGUGUUGUGCUCUGCUUGCUUUUCGUAGUGAUUAGAUUAUUUCUUUACUUAAAUUGCAUUUUGUAAUUACUGUGCAAAUUGAGAUUGCUUCUGCUGUAAACUGCUUCCUCAAUAAAAGUAUGCUCUAACUACA